AUGCAUGCAGAUGCCAAAGGCAAAAUGCUCUUGGCGCGUGACCUCAUAGUAGAGAAUACGGCGGGCCGGGAAGCUGGUGCAGCGGUGGCUCUCAGGUCAGCCUCCAAACAUUCCGUGUUCUAUCGCUGCGAGUUCAAGGGAUACGAGGACACGCUGCUCGCCGACUCCUACUGCCAGUUCUAUCGGGAGUGCGUUAUCUCGGGAACGGUGGACUUCAUUUACGGCAACGCCAAGGCCGUCUUCGAGGACUGCCUCCUCCUUGCACGUGCCCCGCUGAAAGGAAAACACAAUGUUAUUACAGCCCAAGGCCGCGAUGGUCCUGACGGCUCGUUAGGCUUCUCGUUUCAGAACUGCAGGGUGACAUCACAAGAAGAUCUCAACGGCUCCGAGUCCGAGACAUACCUUGGUAGGCUGUGGAAAAACCACUCGCACGUGGUCUUCAUGCAGUCCUUCCUCGACACCAUCGUGCACCCUAGCGGAUGGGUUGCAUGGAACAAAACAGACGGCGACGUCCCGCCUACAGUCUUUUACAGUGAGUACGGGAACACGGGCCCUGGGGCAAACUUGAGCAAGCGUGUGCCCUGGCUCCACGUUAUGGACGCCGGUCAAGCUGAGCAUUACACGGUGAAGCGAUUCAUCCAUGGGGAUGAGUGGCUCAAUGCCACCGGAGUCGUUUACCAGCCUGGGCUGUAG